CACGAAUCAUAUGUUGAUCGCCAGGGCAAAGUGUGAGCUAAAUUGCGAAGGCAGCUGAUAGUAAGGUCUGUUUCGUUGUGAGAAAAAGACUUGGCUGAGCAUCGAUGAUGCUUCAGAUCUACUGAUAAGAGGCAGAUGAUGCGAUCUGCUUUACGAUCUGCCAACUCAAACGGAGGUGUCGGUCGCAGCUACCACCUAGCGAUGAGCUGCGACCAUGGAGCUUGACAUAUAAGGACAGGUCACGGCAGACGCGACAGUACUUUCCUCCAACCAUCCGCGGGUACCUGAAAUCUAGCAGCGCUUUUUCCCAGCGAGCGAGCGUCCACUCCUUCUUCUCUCUCUCUUUCUUCCUCCAAGGAAGGUCACGCGUUCUUCUUCCCCCAUUAUGACCGAGCCUGCCAAAGGUAGAAGACGCUCUUCGCUCUCGGCAGCGUUCGAAAACUUCCGCAACAAAUGUCGCAAGACUCGCAUCGACAGUCUUCUCUCACCUCCGAAGCUGGACUCUGGAACUUCCAACGACGAGUAUGAAAGCAACAGUCCUUCGGAAUGGGAGGAAGGUGUCCCCUUGACCCGCGAGUCCAGUCCUGACAAGAGUCCUGGACACAAUAGCACUGGACACAAAGACCGGGACAUAGUUUACAAAGAUAAAAGUAGCAAUCACAGUCGUUGUGAUAGCAAGUUGCCCGACUUUGACUUUGACGAAACUGGUUUUGACACAGGGUUCGAGACUGGAUGUGACAGUGAUGCCACCAGCCCUGAUGAGAACCGACGGCUAACAGCUGCUCUUGCCGAGUUUACUGCAGAGGUCACCGAAGCUGAAGACUUUGGUCGCUAUUUCUCUCCUCACAAGAACACCGCUACUGACAAAAAGUCUUGGAAACAUUCAGAGCCUGUCAGUCCGACAGAGUCAAAAGAAAGUAGCUUCUACACCGCCUCUGCAACCUCUAGGACUGGACUUCUGCAUUCGGACCAUUCGGGUUCGACUUUGGAUUUUGAGGUCGGGAUUCCAUUGCAGAGGACUGUUGCGAACAAGAACUUACAACAGUGGAAGACGUUGCCGCAGACAGAGCCAAAGACUCCUGAGCAGAACCUGGCUCGAAACACUUACAUUUCUCUGGAAGAAGCAGUUGCUGACAAUCCUUGGAAGAAGGAGGAACCGGCGGUCCAAGCUCCGGAAAUGCUGCAAGUGCCCAGGACAGUCGAUGGGGUACGACUGGAUGCAAGACCUUUGAUCAGACACACUGGUAUCUCAGCACCUCCACACAGCUCUCUACACCUCCAUACUUUUGCAUCCAGAAGCCAUGAGAACAAGAGUUCCUUGGACCUCAAACCCGCUGCUGCCUCACUAUCAACACACCUUCUCAUGCCCGAACCUGCAAGAGACCUCCAGUCUACAGCAUUCAUACCAAGACGUCCUCAAGCAACAUCCUGGUUCUCCUCUUCCUCAGACUCUAGUCUCGAAGGCAUACAAUUCGGUUGCCCUUCCUUCACAGACCGCCGCCGCAGCACCACAAAACCACACUUGCUCCCUCCUCCCCUCGUCAUAAACACGAAGCGCCACCCAACCACUCUGACCAAAGAUUCAACAUACCCACCUCGACCCCCCCGUAUCGAAGUCUCUGGUGUCGAGGAAACAGAAAUGAAAAUCUACCCCCACACACCGCCAAAAGUGGUACCGGCGACUACAUACACAGCACUUGACACCCCAUCGUCAAUCUCUUCCUUCCAUGCUGAUUUGAACGAUAAGAUCAAUACAGCCAUCACUACUGGAGCGAUUAAAGCACAACAAGUCAGUGUCAAGGAAAGGGUUCGCAGACUUUCUGGCGCUAGGAGUUUGCAGCAUGCUGUGGAUGGGGGGAUGGAGAGGCUUGGAAAGUUCGGGGUUGCGAUGGGGGAAGCUGUUGUGGCUUCGGGGGGUGUGGGGGUUGGAUGGGAGACUAGAGGAGAGGAUGAGAAUGUAGGUGCUAGGAGUGCUAGUGUCUAUUAUGGGGGUGGGUUUGUUUAGUUGAGUCUCAGAUCAAAUGUUGAUGUUCUUGAUCUUAGAAUAGGUGGAGAGUGAACGAGCUGGUCUUGUUCUCCAGCUCUCGAUUGUCAUAGGAGUUUAGGAAGAGGGUGGACAGUUUGUUCAGUGGAGUUGUUAUCUCAGAGAAUCCGAUGAAACCUUCAAAGUCGUGUGCUGCUUGCUCUAGCCAA